CGUAGUUCACAGUGCAGUGAGGCAGAUGGUGAUUCAAUUAUCGCUGCGCUCUGUUGGGUUUAGUUCAGUGAAUGAUUCAUCAGACUUGUUUCAAACCAGUGGAUUGCAGAUUUGCCUUGUCAUAAGGUUGCACGUUUCAUUUCGAAUGUUUAUGACAAUAUGGCGGAAGGAGAGGAGCCGGAGAAGAAAAGAAGGAGAAUAGAGGAGCUGAAUGAGAAUAUGGUUGUGGAUGGAGGGAGUGGGGAUCACACAGACUGGCAGGGAAGAUGGGACCAUGUCAAAAAGUUCUUAGAGAGAGUUGGACCCUUCACUCAUCCGGAUUUUGAACCCAGCACUGAGUCUCUCCAGUUUUUACUGGACACAUGCAAAAUUCUGGUUAUUGGAGCUGGUGGACUUGGUUGUGAGCUGCUCAAAGAUCUGGCCUUGUCAGGUUUUCGGCACAUUCAUGUGGUGGACAUGGACACCAUUGAUGUUUCUAACCUCAACAGACAGUUCCUCUUCAGACCAAAGGAUGUGGGCCGACCAAAGGCAGAGGUUGCGGCAGACUUUGUAAAUGGCAGGGUCCCAGGCUGCAAUGUUGUCCCACAUUUUAAGAAAAUCCAGGACUUGGAUGAGACAUUUUACAGGCAAUUUCACAUAGUUGUCUGUGGCCUGGACUCUGUUGUUGCCAGAAGAUGGAUGAACGGGAUGCUGUUAUCUCUGCUGAUUUAUGAAGAUGGUGUCCUAGAUCCCAGUUCCAUUAUUCCAUUAAUAGAUGGAGGCACAGAGGGCUUCAAGGGCAAUGCCCGAGUCAUUCUUCCAGGCAUGACAGCUUGCAUCGAUUGCACCCUCGAGCUCUACCCUCCACAGAUAAACUUCCCGAUGUGCACUAUAGCCUCAAUGCCACGGUUACCAGAACAUUGCGUUGAAUACGUCCGCAUGCUGCUUUGGCCCAAAGAAAAGCCUUUUGGAGACGGUGUAGCCCUAGAUGGAGAUGACCCAACGCACAUCCAGUGGGUGUUCCAGAAAUCUCUGGAAAGAGCAGCAGAGUUCAGCAUCACUGGGGUGACUUACAGACUCACCCAGGGGGUCGUGAAGAGAAUAAUUCCUGCUGUGGCUUCUACAAAUGCUGUUAUUGCUGCUGCUUGCGCCACCGAGGUUUUUAAAAUUGCCACGAGCGCCUAUGUUCCCUUGAACAACUACCUGGUGUUCAAUGAUGUGGAUGGGCUGUACAUGUACACCUUUGAGGCUGAGAGAAAGGAGAAUUGUUCUGCCUGCAGUCAGGUGCCACAGGACCUACAGUUCCCACCUUCAGCUAAACUACAGGAGAUUCUGGACUACUUGACUGAGAAUGCCUCUCUCCAAAUGAAGUCUCCUGCCAUCACGACAACUUUGGAUGGAAAAAACAAAACUCUGUAUUUACAGACCGUAGCAUCUAUUGAAGAGAGAACGCGACCAAAUCUAAACAAAACGCUGAAAGAGCUUGGACUAGUCCAUGGACAGGAACUGGCAGUGGCUGAUGUCACCACUCCUCAGACGGUGCUCUUCAAGCUCAACUUCAUCUCAUAGGACAAAUGCUUCAUUCUUAUAGACAGUUACAAGUGGUUAUUGCAGUCAUCAUCAAAAUGAAGCAGCCUUGGAAAUAGUUUAUAAACUCAACAUAUCAGCAGAGACAUCACAUGCACAUGCUCGGCUGGAAUUGCUGCCGUUUGUAUUUAGAUUUUAUGGUCAACUCUGUCCAUCAAAGACACUUACAGGAGACAUUUGUUUCAUUGUCUUGCACUGCUAUAGUCGUAGGAGACAUUUUGGUGGAUUUCUUUAUCUAUUUAUUUUGUUGUUGUGCAUUCACAGUAUCUUGUUCAGUGUCUUGUAGAAAAAAAUAUUCAUGUUUUGAAUUCAAUUUGGAAACCAUAUUUUAAACAAGUAUUGAAGUCCUAGUCCAGUAAUGCUUUCCUAUAAAUUUACUUUUACUCAGUUUGUGAAUAAAUAUAUUUGAUUAAAUAUUUAAAGAGACUGAAGGUAUUAAACCAUUAUAAAUUCUCUAGAAUUAAAAUUGACUUUUUGUAAGCAAACAGAAUGUUGCGUUAUCAAUGUAAUGUUAAGAAAGAGAUAUUAGGUAUACUGUACUGUUUUAUUUGUUUUAUGUGGCAUUGUUAUGUAAUACAAGUUUGUAGAAAUACAAUGGAGACACUUAUUCGCAAGGUCA